GCGCUCUAAAUUACGCACCUCGCACCACCAGAUGUGAAAGCGUCCUCCCAUCGCUGCCUCUAAAGAAUCUCCCUUCCCCCAAAAGCUUGCGUGCCGCGCCUUCUCUCUCGCUCUCCCUCCUCUUCUCCCUUCAUCCUCUCUCUUCCCCGACCCCCAAAACCCUAACCCUAACCCUAGCCCUAGCCCUAGCCCUAGUAGCCGCUAAGGCUCGGAGGUGGGGAACGCUCGCCCGCUCGCUCGCUCGCUCGAUCGGAAGCUACCUGCGGUGAUCGGGGCGUUUGAUGCGAGGGAGGUGACAUGAACCUGUGGGCCGACGACAACGCCUCCAUGAUGGAGGCCUUCAUGGCGACCAGCGACCUCCAGGGGUUCCCCUGGGGCUCCUCCGCCGCCGCCUUCUCCGCCCCGCCGAUCCCCCCGGCGGCGGCCCCGCCGCCGCAGCCGUUCUUCAACCAGGAGAAGCUGCAGCAGCGGCUCCAGGCGCUCAUCGACGGCGCCCGGGAGAGCUGGACCUACGCCAUCUUCUGGCAGUCCUCGGUGGACGUGACCACGGGCGCGUCGCUGCUCGGGUGGGGCGACGGCUACUACAAGGGCUGCGACGACGACAAGCGGAAGCGGCGCGGGCCGACCGCGGCCUCCGCGGCGGAGCAGGAGCACCGCAAGCGCGUGCUCCGCGAGCUCAACUCCCUCAUCUCCGCCGCCGCCGCCGCCGCCGCCGCCCCCGCCCCCUCUGCCUCAGGAACUAGAGCUACUCCCUGCCUAGGCUCUCGGUCUCGUGGCUCCCUAGGCAGAGGGGGACUAGGCCGCGCCGUCGGUGGACUCCGCCGCGGCGGCGGCGACGCCGCCUCCACCGAGGCUAGGUCCUACGCCGCCGCCUCCCCUGCAGCUCCCUCGACGACUUCAACUUCUCCUACGCCUAGAACAACCACUGGAGGAGGAGGUGGUGCAGCAGGCCGGGCGAGGUUGAUGAUGGCGCUCAAAGAUCUCGAUUUGGAGGUCUAUUAUGCUAGCGUUUCGGUUGUUAAAGAUCUAAUGAUCCAGCAGGCAACAGUCAAGAUGUCGAGCCGCGUCUACUCGCAGGAGCAGCUCAACGCCGCGCUCUGUGCGAGGCUCACCGAUCCCUCUCCUUGCAGGUAG